AUGGAAGAAGAUGCGCCUCCAUCUUAUACCCCACGACCCACUGGUGACUCCGUCACGGUGAGGGCUUACACCACCUAUCACGAGGGAGCUUCCCCUCAGGAGAACCAUCGACUGAAUGAGGAGGCUCGAAUCACACAACAGCGAACCGGCGAGGGUCUUCAGUCUGCAACCUCUGUUCAGUCGCUCAUUCUGCCAGAGUCACCCGUGACCCCCUCUCGUCCAGGAAACGUGACCGGCAGACCUGUUCAGUCGCUGGUUCUACCCACCAAUCCUCGUACACACGGACGGUCGAGAUCGGCCACGUCCUUGGCACCCCCUCGACCCACCGCUCGACGAAUGAGCCCGUCGCCUACCCGCACAUCACAAAAUACAAGACCUGCUGCCUCGCCGUCGCCCUCCAGGCUGACACCUGCUCGAACUCCAAAUACGCCUGCAGCAAGACCCGCAGCCACCUCUCCUAGAACUCAUGCACCUGCUCAGCGGGUGCCUUCUUCUCCCCAGCCUUCCAGACCACAAUACUCGCCUCAGGCUGCACGAUCUCAACCCUCACUAACCCCUGCCCGGAGCACCACAAGCAUAGUCAGCACGGCCAGUACAGCUACCACAGCAAGCUCUAGCAGCUCUCGACCACGAGCGCCGGCUCAGGCUCCCCCUCCACCACCCACACAGGCGGCCCCUCCCGUUCCAGGAGUUCCCAGCACCACCCAUCGCCCUCCUCCCCCCGCUCAGGCACCUCCUCCUCCCCCUCCUCUGGGAAACCAAGCACAAGCACACCCAACCCCUGCGGCUACGACAACUCCUCGGCCAGAAUCCCCACCUCUCAUAACCAUUUCUUCCGAGUCUUUUGUUCCACCAACCGCCUCGCCUUCUUCGUCAUCCUCAUCAUUGGAGUCUCAGAUCUCUACGGUGUCGUCAGUGGCACCUCCUAUUCCUGGACUGCAUUAUGCUCUACACACUAUUCUGGAUUGUCCUCCUAAUGCAUCCAAUCUCGACAUUGAACAGGCGUUUAGAACCGAGACUCUGCGAACCCUCAAGGACUGCGAUGGGCUCUCGGGCUUCCGAAACUUUUGUUGUUAUUCCUUUGCAUUUCAGAUUCUCAAUAACCCAAGCUCCAGAAACCAGUACAUGCAACGAGAGGAUCACGACGACGCUCUGCUGCUUGAACUGCAAGCUCAGAGAUCUCCUCAAGAGCCUGCUGUGUUCUUCCAGUCUCUCUUUGCGGGCUUUUUCCACCCUCCCAUUCCUGUCCCCGUGGCAACCAUGGGACUGGUUGAUCUUCUAAAGGAAGCCGAAGCUGAGCAGUGGGAAGUCACACCCGACAUGCCUCCUCCUCCUCCAGUCAACUGGAUUCCUACCCAGGACGCUACUCUGAUCAAUGCCAUCUUCGGAGAUGCUGUUAUUUCUCAACGAUGGUUCAAGAGUCUGGAGUUUGUGUCUCGACUCGCCACGUCCAAUUCCAAGCAUAUCAAUUGGUACGAGGCUCUCCUCGACAUUGCUCUUGACGAGGAUGUUGCAGCGGUAUCUUCUCCAGCCAUGAGAGACUACCUCGCUAAAGGAGUGCAAUCUGAGGGUUUCUCCCAAACGUUCACAGAAACUGUUCAGACAGAGAUGAACAAGCUGUUUUUGCAGCCCGUUCCUUUCAGUUCCGAUGUCGUCAGGGCUACAGGCUACAUGAUCAUGGCCGAGAUGGAGGACAAGAUGAGAGGUAACACCGUACAGCGGAACCUGGUGGCUGACUCUCUAGAGCGGGCUAUUCGACGAUCGCACGCUGUUGCCCAGCACUGGAGACGACACAAGUUCUCCGAUGACGAUCAGGUCAAUUUGGUAUACACCCGAGCAGUGUACAUGAACCUGCAGCAGAUCCAUCGCCGAGUCCAGGAACUGUGUCGAUUGCUGGUUAGCGACCCCUCCCUUCAACGAAUCUACCGACUAUGGGAGAUUGGCAACUUCAUGUACAUCGCCUCUCAGCAGCGAGAGCUCAUUGGCGUGCCUUUCGACAACUUUAUGGCCGAGACGGUCUCCAUAACUGCUCACAGAGAAGCCUACUAUGCCAGCGAGACACCCAAGAAACAUCUGCGGGGAUUCGAUUAUACCGAGUCUACUGAUGGUCUUUGUCUAUGGGACACGAUUAUCGCCAGUGGAGAGAAGGAGCGAAAUGGAAACAAGGGUAGUUUCAGCACCGGGUCUGAGGGCUAUGCUUCCAUUCGCGACUCUUCCAACAAGCCAGUUCGGCCCAUCCACACGUUUGUGACAGAUCUUCAGCCGAAUCCUCCGGUUUCUCAGAACUAUUAUACUGAUGUUGGAUCUGAUACCAGCGGCUAUUAUGGAGACGUGGGAUCGGACAAUGGGAACAGUGAUCUGCUAGGGUCACCCUUCAGAGUUCGUCCCGGCCGAGUGGCGUAA